AGUAAUCGACAGUGGAUCCGUUAGCUACCGAGGGAUGAAAGGUAGCAGCAUCCGCGAGGAUCGUAACGCACGAGAAUACCUCGCGUUUUCGUUUCUAUUUGACGACGACAACGACAACAACGACGAGACGACGACGACGACGACGACGACGACGACGACAACGACGAGAACGAGGACAUGGACAUUGACGGAGAGUGAUGCUGCGCGACGAUCGAUGACACGCUCGUGACAGCGCGGUCGGAUUUGCAAGUUCGAGCGAUCCGCGAGUUCGAUCGCGUCGUACGAGAAGUGACGAACCGGUGAACCGGUGAAUCUGUGAAAACAGUGGGAAGUAACGAUCGACCGAAGUGCUCGCGAGAGAUCUCGCGAUCGAUAUCGAGCUGCAACGACGAAGUGGACCGAAGUGCGUGCGAGUGAUAACUCCGGUCAACGACGCGAUAAUCGGUCUGAUCGUGCUGGUAUCUCCGUCAAAUCGACGAUGAGACCGUUACGCGUGUCAUAACUCGUCGGAUGCAGCAGAACGACGGCGGCGGCGGCAGCGAGCCGGUUAUGGGGAUGUCGAGGGGAUGCGAGGAUAUCGCGAGAUGACGUUCUCCAUCGUGCUCGCCGUUUACUGACGCAAUCCCGACCGGAUAACGAAGACGAUUGGCAGGAUGCUGCCGCACGGGCUGCCGCUGAUCGUCCUCCUCCUCAUCCUCGUGCAGCUACGUUAUCGUGUCAUCUGGGCUUCUCUAGAGAGCAGCGGGAUGUCCGAUAGACUGGAGAACGUUACGCAGACAAUUUCGAGGAUACUUGAUGGCUACGAUAUUCGAUUAAGGCCGAACUUUGGCGGUGAUCCACUAUUAGUCGGGAUGGAUCUCACUAUCGCGAGUUUUGAUGCGAUCUCCGAAGUCAAUAUGGAUUACACGAUAACGAUGUACUUAAAUCAAUUUUGGAAGGAUGAAAGACUCGCCUUUUCGCACGAGGACGAAGUCUUGACGUUAAGUGGUGACUUUGCGGAAAAGAUUUGGGUGCCGGAUACAUUUUUCGCCAACGAUAAAAAUAGCUUUCUGCACGACGUUACCGAGCGCAAUAAACUUGUUAGAUUAUCCGGUGAUGGCUCCAUCACAUAUGGCAUGAGAUUCACAACGACCCUGGCCUGCAUGAUGGAUCUGCAUUACUAUCCCCUCGAUUCGCAGAAUUGCACAGUCGAAAUCGAAAGCUAUGGAUACACGGUGCUCGAUGUAGUAAUGUACUGGAGAAAAACUCCUGUUCUUGGGGUCGAGGAAGCAGAAUUGCCGCAAUUUACGAUAAUCGGCUACGAGACCAACGAUCGAAAGGAGAAACUGGCGACGGGAAUCUAUCAAAGGCUCUCGUUAAGUUUUAAGCUCCAGAGGAACAUCGGAUAUUUCGUUUUUCAGACAUACCUGCCAAGUAUACUAAUCGUGAUGCUCAGCUGGGUCAGUUUUUGGAUCAAUCACGAAGCUACCAGCGCGAGAGUUGCUCUCGGAAUCACGACCGUGUUGACAAUGACAACAAUAUCCACAGGUGUUAGAAGCUCACUGCCACGGAUCAGUUAUGUAAAAGCCAUCGAUAUCUAUCUGGUGAUGUGUUUUGUUUUCGUAUUUGCGGCUUUGCUGGAAUACGCGGCGGUCAAUUAUACAUAUUGGGGCGCCAGAGCGAAGAAGAAGACGAAGAAGAAAGACACCGACGAGAAAAAAGUACUCUCCUCUAAAACAGACGCGGAUAUCAUUGAACUUCAGGAUCUCAGAAUGUCACCUCUGCCGAGCAUUAGAAAUAGGUCAGGCCUGGUGAGCGCUUCAACGACACCGGGAACCGGAAGGAAUCACGAUCCGGUCAAGUUCCCACCGAGUUUCCGUAUUUCCAGGGCGGCCGCUUACAACACGCACGGUCGAAACAGCGGUCUCAGAUACAGAGGCCCGAGACCGCACAAACCAAAGGUAUUGCAUGCUUUACGAAGAGGAGCUUCCGUGUUACGUGUCUCGAUGCCGAAGAUCAAGGACGUGAACAUGAUAGACAAGUACUCGCGGAUCAUCUUCCCAGUCAGCUUUAUGCUGUUCAAUGCAGUGUACUGGAUCUUCUACUUCUUCUGAGCGACGAACGAUGAACUAUUAAAAAUUAAACUCCGCUUGGCCUCGUAUGCGCCUAAAAAGGACCAAUCGAUUCGGGAGGAUCCUUUCAAAUCUAGCAUGACCGUCGUACGAUGUGCAAUAUUCUUCACGGAUGAUAAAGGUCCACCGAAUACCAGCAGGUGAUGAAAGUACUGAAUCGAAAGUACUGCCACGAAAUAUUUAUCGAUAAAAGUAAAACGUUGGCGGAGAACUCGUAUGUGCCAACAGCGUUUACGGGAUUUUCGUUAAUUAGAAAGUAUAUAUGUAUUAUAGCGAUAAGCAAUACGGAUGAGCGACAAUAUGUUCCUAAUGAAGCAUGAUAGUUCUGUCAUGUUCACACGAUACGAGAAGUGUCGAUAAGUAGGACGAUAAAUUUCGCGGUGAUAUUGAGAAACAAAACGUGUCGGAAUAAGAUAUCUGAUGAUAAAAGUGAUCUAAGUCAUAUAUUUUAUUUUGAAGAUAAGAUGUUGUGAAUACUGAAAACAUUUUUUUUAUAUAUUAAGAAACAUUACAUUUAGCAAAAUAACUAAAGUCUACUUUCACUCUGCUAAUCUUUUCUGUAAUAAUGUUUUACAGAAUUAGAUAAAAUAGAAUUAUAAAAAUAAAAAGAUUACUUUUUUACAUUUGUGACUUGGUUCACUUUCCGCGAUCAUUAACGCAAAACGAUACAUACUCCGGCCCCCAAAUUCCAUACAAUAGAUUUAAGAUCAAUAUCAAAAGUACGAAAUUAGCAAAUUUGUAUUAUGUUUAAAUAAGGCGAUUGAUGGAAUCAAAGGAAUUAUUAUCGGUAUAAUAAAUUGUGUUUUGAAGAAUUACAUUGAUGAUAUAAAUGGAUAACUAUAAUUUUUUCUAUAUAUAAUUGUUUCUAUAAUUGUCUUUUUUAGUAACAUAAAUUUGCAGCAUGGAUUAUAAUAGACGUUGUCAUGUACAAAAUUUAAGAUAUUUUUCUUAAAGUUCAAAAUAAAAAGUUUGAAAAGCGACAUAUAGAGACAUAUAAAGACAUAAAUUUGUGACUUAACAAUUUCUAAAUAUAAUUUUAAGAAAUAAAUAUGAUUAUAAAAAUAAUAAAUAAUUACAUAAAAGUUGGAUAAAUUAAGCAUGUGUCUACUGCGAAUAGAAUACAAUUGUACGGCGGAAAUUUGCUUUCAUUAUUGUACAGUGAAUCGUAUAAUUCUGAAAUUUUUAUCUUUAGAAGUAAAUAGCACUUGUUUGGGAAUGUGUAUAAACUAUCAACGAUUGUCUAGAGACACAUAAUGAUUUACAGUGUAAGAAUACCCAAACUUCCGUUUGACAAUUAUGUUACAGAUGAAUGAAUUGUAUGAACAUAUUUUUAACGAGAUUGUUUUUAUAGUAAUUAGAUGUACAUGUAUAUACGAGC